CUUCCUCUUUAUGAGGAGACACUCUGAGGAACGGCACAUUUUGGGGACCCACUCGAGGUGACGUUUUCUCGGUCACCUCUUCCUUCUUCCAUCAGCAGAGCGUGGUUCCCGUAACAGCAGGGCGAUCGGCCACCCCCUUGCCCCUGGAGGACACCCCUGGGGGGUCUCGGAGGAGCAAUGGCCGUCUCAGGGCUGCUCGGGGUGGACGUGAGCGGCCCUAUGCUGACGGUGGCCCUGUCCGUGGUCCUCUUGGCCCUCCUGAAAUGGUACUCCACUUCAGCAUUUUCAAGACUGGAGAAGUUGGGCAUCAGACAUCCUAAGCCUUCUCCUUUUAUUGGAAACCUGACAUUUUUCCGCCAGGGUUUCUGGGAAAGCCAAAUGGAGCUCAGAAGGCUGUAUGGACGUGUGUGUGGGUACUACCUUGGCCGUCGGAUGUUUAUUGUUAUCUCGGAGCCAGACAUGAUCAAGCAGGUGUUAGUUGAGAACUUCAGUAAUUUUACCAACAGAAUGGCAACGGGUUUGGAAUCCAAACCGGUAGCUGACAGCAUCCUGUUUUUACGUGACAAACGAUGGGAAGAGGUCAGAAGUGUCCUAACUUCUGCUUUCAGUCCUGAAAAGCUGAAUGAGAUGACGCCCCUAAUCAGCCAAGCCUGCGACCUUCUCCUGGCUCAUUUAAAACGCUAUGCGGAAUCUGGGGACGCUUUCGACAUCCAGAGGUGCUACAGUUGCUACAGCACAGACGUGGUGGCCAGUGUCGCCUUUGGCACCCAGGUGGACUCCCGGAACGCACCCGAGCACCCCUUCGUGCAGCACUGCAGGCGUUUCUUUGCCUGCUCCACCCCCAGACUUCUCCUGGGGCUACUCUUAUCAUUUCCAUCCAUAAUGGUCCCACUGGCCCGGAUUUUGCCCAAUAAGAACCGAGAUGAACUGAACGGCUUUUUUAACAAUCUCAUUAGGAAUGGGAUCGCCUUGCGGGACCAGCAAGCAGCCGAAGAGAGGCGGAGAGACUUCCUCCAAAUGGUCCUGGAUGCCCGGUGUUCUGCCACCUCAGUGGGCGUGGAGAACUUUGACAUCGUCACACAAGUCUUCUCCGAUGAAUGCUCAGCAGACCCCACCCGGAACCACCAGCCCCGACUCCCGUCCACGCCUCUGAGUGUGGACGAGGUGGUGGGCCAGGCCGUCCUCUUCCUCAUCGCUGGCUACGAGAUCGUCACCAACACACUCUCUUUCACCACCUACCUGCUGGCCACCCACCCUGACUGCCAAGAGAAGCUUCUGAGAGAGGUGGACCGUUUUAACGAGACACACGUGGCCCCUGAGUACUGCAGCCUCCAGGAAGGCCUGCCCUACCUGGACAUGGUGAUCGCAGAGACCUUGAGGAUGUACCCACCGGCUUUCAGGUUCACGCGGGAGGCGGCACAGGACUGUGAGUUGCUGGGGCAGCGCAUCCCCGCCGGCGCCGUGGUGGAGAUGGCCGUGGGCGCCCUGCACCGCGACGCUGAGCACUGGCCGCACCCCGAGCUCUUCGACCCUGAGAGGUUCACGGCCGAGGCCCGGAGGUGCCGGCGACCCUUCACCUACCUGCCAUUUGGUGCGGGUCCCAGGAGCUGCCUGGGCGUGCGGCUGGGGCUGCUGGAGGUCAAGCUGACGCUGCUCCAUGUCCUGCGCAAGUUCCGGUUUGAAGCCUGCCCUGAGACUCAGGUGAGCCCCUGCAGGUACCACUGCAGCUGGAAUCCAAAUCUGCCCUAGGUCCAAAAAAUGGCGUCUACAUCAAGAUUGUUGCCCGCUGACACAAUGUCAUAAGAGCACCUUCUAAUUCAAAGAAAACCCUCGUGGAAAUUUGAAUUUAUGGGGAAACAUCACCUAAGUCGUUGAAAGGGUGCCUGGCAUACAAGUAUAAAAGAGGUCAUUUACGUAACAUUUCCCAAAUGUUGAAUAAACGUUUGUUUGUUACACUCCGUUUU